AGUCCUUUAUUCAAAUGACUCUUUUUAUUCUGCAAAGUAGCAGCAGCACAGCCAUGACCGCCUCCUCUCUCACUUGUGGGAGGCUCAUUCGGAGAUCGUUUCCAUCUGAAUGUUUGAGGUUGUGUAGAUGUGUCUGGCGCCCCUGAGAGCGGACUGGGGGGUGCAGACCGAGCACUGAGUGGAAAGAAACUUGGACAGGGCAGACCAGCCUCCCGGGCUCCAGGAGCGGCUUGCAAAGCCACCAGGAAAAUGAGCGAAGAGACGGUCCCCGAGGCUGCCUCCCCGCCGCCUCCCCAAGGGCAGCCCUUCUUUGACCGCUUCUCUGAGGACGACCCCGAGUACAUGCGCCUUCGCAAUCGGGCAGCGGACCUGCGGCAAGACUUCAACCUGAUGGAGCAGAAGAAGCGUGUCACCAUGAUCCUGCAGAGCCCGUCUUUCAGGGAGGAACUGGAAGGCCUCAUCCAGGAGCAGAUGAAGAAGGGGAACAACUCCUCCAACAUCUGGGCUCUGCGGCAGAUCGCGGACUUCAUGGCCAGCACCUCCCAAGCAGUCUUCCCAACGUCUUCCAUGAACUUCUCCAUGAUGACGCCCAUCAAUGACCUCCACACAGCCGACUCCCUGAACCUGGCCAAGGGGGAGCGGCUCAUGCGGUGUAAGAUCAGCAGUGUCUACCGACUCCUGGACCUCUAUGGCUGGGCCCAGCUGAGCGACACCUACGUUACGUUGAGAGUCAGCAAGGAGCAGGACCACUUCCUGAUUAGCCCUAAAGGAGUUUCUUGCAGUGAAGUCACAGCGUCCAGCUUGAUCAAGGUGAAUAUCCUAGGAGAGGUGGUGGAGAAGGGCAGCAGCUGCUUCCCAGUGGACACCACGGGCUUCUGUCUGCACUCAGCCAUCUAUGCAGCCAGACCCGAUGUGCGCUGUGUCAUCCACCUGCACACGCCAGCCACGGCAGCGGUGUCAGCCAUGAAGUGGGGCCUCCUUCCUGUCUCCCACAAUGCCCUGCUGGUGGGGGACAUGGCCUAUUAUGACUUCAAUGGGGAAAUGGAGCAGGAAGCCGAUCGGAUCAACCUGCAGAAGUGCCUUGGACCCACCUGCAAGAUUCUGGUGCUAAGAAACCAUGGAGUGGUUGCUCUAGGCGACACUGUGGAGGAGGCGUUUUAUAAGGUCUUCCACCUGCAGGCUGCAUGUGAGAUACAGGUAUCAGCUCUGUCCAGCGCUGGGGGUGUGGAGAACCUCAUCCUCCUGGAGCAGGAAAAGCACCGGCCCCACGAAGUGGGCUCUGUGCAGUGGGCUGGGAGUACUUUUGGGCCCAUGCAGAAGAGCCGGCUGGGGGAGCACGAGUUUGAGGCCCUCAUGAGAAUGCUGGACAACCUGGGCUACAGAACGGGCUACACGUACCGCCACCCCUUUGUUCAAGAGAAAACCAAACACAAAAGUGAGGUGGAGAUUCCUGCCACGGUGACAGCCUUUGUGUUCGAGGAGGACGGCGCCCCAGUGCCGGCCCUGCGGCAGCAUGCCCACAAGCAGCAGAAGGAGAAGACGCGCUGGCUCAACACGCCCAACACCUACCUGCGGGUCAACGUGGCCGACGAGGUCCAGAGGAGCAUGGGCAGCCCCCGGCCCAAGACCACGUGGAUGAAGGCUGACGAGGUGGAGAAAUCCAGCAGUGGCAUGCCGAUACGGAUCGAAAACCCAAACCAAUUUGUGCCUCUCUAUACUGACCCUCAAGAAGUGCUGGAAAUGAGGAACAAGAUUCGAGAACAAAACCGACAAGAUGUGAAGUCGGCGGGGCCUCAGUCCCAACUCCUGGCAAGCGUCAUCGCCGAGAAGAGCCGAAGCCCGUCUACAGAGAGCCAGCUGAUGUCCAAGGGCGACGCGGAUACCAAAGACGAUUCAGAGGAGACGGUGCCCAACCCCUUCAGCCAACUCACUGACCAGGAGCUGGAGGAAUACAAGAAAGAGGUGGAGAGGAAGAAACUAGAACUCGAUGGAGAGAAAGAAACAACCACAGAGGAGCCUGGCUCACCUGCAAAGUCUGCACCUGCUUCUCCAGUGCAGAGCCCAGCGAAGGAGGCAGAGACGAAAAGCCCCGUGGUCUCUCCUUCCAGGUCUUCAGAGGAAGGUGCUAAGAAGACAGAAACAAGCAAAGCCACCACAGAGCCCAAAGCAACCCCGCCAGAAGGAGUGGUGGUCAACGGGAAGGAGGAGGAGCAGACUGCAGAGGAAAUCCUCAGCAAAGGCAUGAGCCAAAUGACCACCAAUGCUGACACGGAUGUUGAUACCUCUAAGGACAAAACUGAGUCGGUCACCAGCGGCCCCCUGUCCCCAGAGGGCUCACCCUCCAAGUCUCCCUCAAAGAAGAAGAAGAAAUUCCGAACCCCCUCCUUCCUGAAAAAGAGCAAAAAGAAGGAGAAAGUGGAGUCCUGAUCCCUGGCACCCCUGGGCUUCCUUCUGCCUCCUCUCGCUCCUCCCCUUCCCUUCUCCCAUCUCUGUCCCUGCAAGCAUAGGGCCAACAAGGGAUAGCAUAGCAACCUGGGUCGUACUCGGAGAGGGACCUUGGAGAUGGCCCGGUCCACUUCUCAUUUUACAGUUGCCCCAGAGAAGUCAGGUGAUUUGCCCUGUCACACAGCUAAUUAGCAGCAGAGCCUGCACUAGAAUUCAGGUCUCCUGACUUCCAGUUCAGUGCUCUUUCCGCUACCUGACACUGCCUAGUCAUGGGCCCUCUUUGUUAGGAUGCUGCCCACCAAUCUGAGCCCAGGACCCAGGAAGGCCACAAAUGGGCCAUGAGCUCUGACAGGCUCAGACUAAAUCAAACAGGUCACGGCUUCCCCGAGUAAGGUCCAUUUCUUUGCAGGAACCCAAUCUCCUGCUGAUGGAGCUAUCUCUGCAUUUAAAAAUCUCUUCUCUUUUCCAUUUUGGAUCCCUGCCCUGCUGCUCAAAGUAACCAGACAAAUUGACCCAUUCCCUCCAGUAGAAAUUAAUCUUUGUUCCCAAGGGCUGAUGGCUUAGCUUGUACUUCCCCAGAUACUAACCCUGAGCUUUCUUCAUGGAACCUCUUGAGUGAUGGAUGGAAGAGCUGUAAGAGGUGACAGACAUAAGGGCACGUCAAGUAAGCUGAGGACUGGGGGUGGUUUCAUCAAUUUAAGAAGCCAGGAACUUGACCCCUUUGGAUGGUGCAUCUUGGGCGCUUCAAAACUAAAACCAAAUUUAGCAUUAGGAUAAAGUUGUCUCAUGCUUUUGGGGAAAUUUAAAUCCUCUGUUGGCUUUGGGUUGUACAAGGAGGAUCAAAACCACAUGGGAAAUGCUAUGGCUUCCUAGCUUUGCAUGACACGUGGAGCAAUGUGCUGUACCUGCCUCACUCUGGUCUAUCGGUCAGGUGUCCCCCAACCUUCCCUCACACCCAGAAGCACUUGUUCAAAGACCAAAACUGGCAACUUACUCUUGGCACCUUGAACUUGGCCUCUCUGGGGUUCCAACUCUGAGUCAAUCUGGGUCCAGUAGUGGAGAAUCAGAGAUGAGCCCUUCAGGAUGAAUCCUCUUGCACCAACACUCAGAGAAAUGCUUGGAUGUCCCCAGCCCUGUCCCUGUCUGUCCAUCCUGGGCCUUGUAAUAGCCACAGCUAUUGUUUUAAAUGCCAACACUACCUUCUCAUGUUCUUCCAUGGGACAUUGAUUAAUGAGCAUUGUUGAAUCCUAAAAGUUAGACAAUCCGUUCUCUUUAAAGCACAGUGUCUUCAAAGAAUAUUUUUCCCUUUGUCCUGAUUAUUGUAAAAGUAUUUUUGAAAGUUGUUCAUCAUAGUUUUCCAUUUUUGAGCACGGACUAUCUAUAGACAUUGUGCAGGCUUCACAUACACAAUAUCCUUUAACCCUCAUAACAAUCUGUGAAGUGGGAAAGGUCAUUCUCAUUUUAUGGAGGAGGAAAGUGAAUCCCAAAAAAGAUGAUGGAGUUGUCCUAGAUGAUGUAGCUAGGAAGAUCUGGAGGCUGGAUUUGAACCCAGGUCAGUCUGAGUCCAGAGCCCUUGAUGUUAACAGCUAUGGCGAAUGGACAACUUUAAUCCCCAAGGAUGGUGGUUUUAGUUUAAGACUAUCCCUAUGACUUGUCUCCAUUGUAUAAUGUUAGCGCUUGAGAUGAGGGUAGGAAACUACUGUGUUCACCCUCGUCAGUGCAUGUGAAGCCCCUGGUUAACUGCUCUGAGGCGAAGCUAUUGUGUGCCUCUGACAAAGGAGUGGCAAGAGCCUUUUGACUGGGACAGAAAAUACAAUCCAUCGUUGGCUAUUUCUUGAGAAGGAAGGAAACUGACAUGUGGCCAAGGUACACCCAUUACUAUGUCUUACCUUUUAUUUUUUCUUUUAAAUAUGUGGGGCACAAUUCAUGACCAUGUCUUUAGUGCAGGUUCCUCACUGCUACCCCAGACCCCGUCUCUCUUCUACUUCCUAAUUGGGUCAAGUCUUAGGACGGACAAUCCAACAGUCAGGGGCACCAGUGCCUCAGAUAAAUCUGUCAUAUGAGAAAUGCCUUUAAAAGUCUUUUAAAAGGGUAGAUUUCAUAUUUACUCAUUCAUCUUUUCACAGUGUUUGUUAAACACCCACUUAGCAUCAGGCAUUAUGCUGACACUAAAAGAGAGCAGUCAUUGUGACUAGAAUAGUAAGUGGCAAACAAUGUUGGGAGAAGGGUGGACAUGACCUCUGACGCAGGCUUCCGUGUAUGAGUGGUUGUGGUUCACAGAUGAUGUUGACUGACUUUGCACUCAGCAUGUUCUCUUUAUUCCCUUUACAACAGUGAGGCAUCACUUAGGAGAAAACGGAGCCUUGCUGCAGUGUCAUCCUUGGAUUUAUGCCAUGGGUGCACCUCCUGCUUAUUCAUUAGUUCCUUCCCCAUAUAUUCUAGAAGCACACACUGAGCUCCGGUCAAGGGCCAGGCAUGAGAGUAGGCAGAGUUUCUGCCCUCAAGAAGCUCAUGAGCAUCGGUGUGUAGACAAAUUCCAAAACAGGCAAGUGCACCAAGGUGGCAUAAGGAUGCAAUGAUUAGCUGUCUUGGGGGCCAGAGAAAUUUUCCUGAAAGGAGCAAUGGCUGUUGGGUUUUCCCGGACGAGGAAUUUUCCAGGAGAGCAAAAGAGUUGACAGGGUGAGGGAAGAAUGUGUGCAAAAGGUGUGGAAGCAGAAGACGCCACCGGGGCUUCCACUGAGCCAGGCAGGAUUGCCAGAGCAUGAAGUGCAAAGCGUGUGUGUCGGAGGCCAUUCACUUCCCAGAGAAGUAGGGCUGGGCACAAGAAAACUUGUAGAAAGUGUGAAGGAGCUAGACUUAUCACAGAAGGGGUUUGGAACUGAGAACUUUAAUCAGAGUCGAGUCAUGGUCAGACUUGCAUUUUAGGAAAAUCCCUUUGGUGGCUGAAGGGAGAAUGGAGGGGUGUGGGUGGUGGGCCUUUCUGAAACGUCGAUACUAAAACAUGUUUGACGGCCUGCCUCGUGCUCUGUUUUCCUCUAUAGUAAAUAGUUUUCAGCAGAAAAUUCAUUUCCAUAAAAUUCUUUGGAUAAAGCACCUUCAGAGAGAUUUUCAACAAGGAGAGGGAAACACUCAGAGAUCUAAAGUUUCCGAUUCUAUUUUGUCUUGGUGUAGUAUUACCAGGAAAGCUUGGCGUCCUUCUGCCAUUUUCUUCUUCCCGUGUGCGUGCAGAAUGUGGCGUGCUCAACUCAAGGCUGGAGGAUGUGUACCAAAGGCUACAGAAAUAGACACGUGGCCCAAACAAAACCACGGCUUGGCCGGUAAAAGGAAAGGGAAUCUUCUUUGUCUCUGUAUAAAAGUUGGCUGAAAGCUUUGACCAGUAUUUGACUGGGAAAAAUGUGUAUUCAAGACUUGGUAGGCAGUGUGUUCAUUUCUAGUUGAGCCACUGUGCUUGGAGCUGCCAAAGAAAGGGGGUAAGAUUUGAACCAAUGUGCUGACUGAGCUGGGGAAUGGAGAGGUUUCUGAGCCUAUUUUCACCAGAAGGUGGGGGAAGGGGCAGGGGAGACGGACAAAUGUUUAAGAGAGACAGGCUUGGCUCUGAUGACUCAAUGACUCCCUAUGGCUAGCACCCAGUAGUGGUGUGGGAAAACUAUCCAUGCCACAUGACCUUUCCCCAAACUACAAGAAGCACUGCCAAGAGACACCCCUGUAGCCCAGGUCUAGGUUCCAUGAGAGCUUCUUGUCUUGCAGGUGACCCAAGAAGGGUCCUAUUUUGGCCAGUUGACUUCCCUCCACUGUUUUAUAACUAAAAUAAGGCUCUUCCUCUGUGAGCAGAUGUUAUUUUUAAAGGACUGGGGUUUUGGGGGGAAAAGCAGUAAGUUCUUGCAGUAAGAAUUCCACUGUAAGUCACUGCCCUGUGCCACUGACUCAUGUAAACUGAGCCUUGAAUCCCAUUUCUUGUGCAUAACACUGUCACUCGCUCAUGGGUAUGUUGCAAGACAGACAUUCAGAUGUUGUUCAGCACUGUCAUAGCAGAGGGCUACCGCUCUUGCCAACAGGAGGAGAGAUGCUAUACAGUCACCUCUUUGGUUGUCAUGAAUUUGAAAGAACCAUGCACUCAACAGCGCGGCUCACCUCUGAAAGUCUAAAAGUGUGGAUUUUUCCAAGAAGGUAUACAUAGGGACAGAUAGACACAGCCUACCAUAGGCCUGCAUUCCAUGUUUUUUCUUAAGUGUGAAUUUUAUGUUCUAGUUCCAGGCCAAGAGUAAUCAGUUCUUGAUGGCUGAACAAAUGAAAGAGCAUUUAGCCCUUACUCAUGUUACACCUCAGUGGAAACCCUUGAGUUGGUUGGUGUAGUUGCAGUGCACUCUGAGUGUAGAGAAAACAGGUCCUCUAAACUCCUCUCUCACCACUUGAGCCCAGCUGUAAUAUUCAGAGUCUGAGAAGAAAUGAAGGAGAAGAUAAAUCUAUGAUCUCUGCUCCUGCCAAAAGGACAGAGCACCCCACAAUUCAGAACCUCAUGGGGCAUCAUAUCAUCUGUGCCACAUCUGUUCUAAAAGGGAUAAUUUAAUGCGAGAAGUAGAGUCUGCAGUGACUCUAAGCUUGUGAGAUAUGCACGCUGGUUAUCAUUUGUGCACAUUUCCACUUGUGCCACAAUCGACGGAGCACACAUGGUCGUGUAAUCAUUUCCCAAGGCCCUGUGGAACCAACCUGUCAGUUUGGAUGCGGCACACUUUUUGUAUGAAAUGAGAGGCCACGUGCAGGGCUUGGUCACCAAGGCAUGCUCAACACUCUUCUGCCUUUCGCAGCGAGAAGCCGCGCUCACCCAGGACCCACUGUGAGGAUUUCAGGCAGGGUGUCCUCUAGUGGAGAAAGCACCUUUCAUCAUUUUUAUGUAGACAGUUCCCUUGAGAAUGUAGGCUUCUCAGGAACAGUUAGAAAGAAUCUCCAGUUGGGAGUUUUCUUAACAAUGCAGAAACAGUGGUUUGCAUUCGUUCAUACUUAGGUGAUUAUGAGAUGCUACCAUAUUGAUGUGUGGUGCCACUUGCCUUCAAGGUUUUCCCAAAAGCUGGGCCAUCGCCAUGAGAAAUUGGAGCCUGAAGAUGGGGGAGAUAAUGCUCACUAUUGAUGCAGGGGAGGGAUUCAGUCAGAGCUGAAGUCCAAACCCCAUCGUGAGAAGGUCCCUGGAGUUAGAGUCGGAUCCUCGGGCCCUUUCUCCUCCACUGUUUCCCAAGCAUCAGGAGGAGGCCAGCUGCGAUGUGACAAAUCUCUUUUUUCCAGGUGGUGUAAAGAAAAUGUCAUAAGAGCUUUGGGGGUAAGUGGGAGGAUAACUGUAGAAUGACCCUCAAUUCUUCUCACCUCAGCAGAUCAUCCUGCAUAACGUUGAAAAGCCCAAAGGCCAGAGCUUCCCUUUUAAAGUGAAGCAGAAGGAGGAUGGCAGUUGGAUCAAGGACAGAGGGACCACACUUGAAAUCCAUUGAAGCCCCUUAUAAAAUGGAAAUGUAUUGCAGGAAAGCCCACCCCCACAUUUCCACGCCACCUCAUGCCAUUAGUCUUGCUUUGUGGGUGAUUGUUUGACACCCGAGGACCACCCCGCCUUUAAAUUCUUACAGUCUCCAACCAGCUUUCCAGUAUUCGCCUCUCCAGGGAAGAGGUGAGGUGGGGGAGAACAUACGUCCAGAGUCUGAGAGCGCCUGGUUGGGGCGCAGGGUAGCAGGAACCCAGUCUAGAUAGAGAGUGCAGUGUUCUCUAAAGCUAUGGAUGGUUUCAGUGAAAUGUCUGUGUCUGACAAUCGUCACGCGAGAGUACUACUUACUGUCUUCCCCUGUACAUACAUUGUCUGUGUUGAGCUUUUCCUAGUAUUGUGAGGUUUCAAGUAGGGGUUCCAUGUAAAUACUCUUUCUGCUGCUGAAAUGCCGGCCCCCUGGAGUAUGCAUCACCCCCACCAAUGGUUUUUUGCCUUUCUCUAGGCGAACCCUUUUUGAGCCACUGAUGUGCAGAUUGAUGGUUAGUUUCUUGGGCUUUUAUUUUGCAAUUUUAUAUAUAUAUACACAUAUAUAAUAUAUAUAUAUAUUUAUGGGUUGGUUUUGUAUAGUUUUCUGUUUGAAUCUCUGAGCACCAAAGCUGCCCUUUGAUUUUCACGAGAACUUUCCAAAGCCACUUCCUGAGCCCUUCUGCUGCUUUGGUGUCUGACUGUGUUGCCGGGGUGAUAUCUCUGACCGUGGAUUUCUGUAUGUAUGAGCUGUUAUCUCACCUGCAGAUAUUGCCCUAGUAAAUCUAAUGUGCUUGGCUUCCUGGUA